AUCAGUAUUGUUAAUUAUAUAGAUCAGAGAAAUGGGAUUAAUUAAAGAGUCAAUUAUUUUGGUAACUGUUGUUGUUGUGGGUUUGAGCAUGAGCCACAGCAGCUUGGGUCAGUCAGGUGGAUGCACCACAGCCUUGAUAACCUUAUCUCCAUGCUUGACUUACAUCAAUGCUGCUGCUGGAACCACCACCUCUAAUACUCCCUCUUCCUCUUGCUGCUCUCGCCUUGCCACCGUCCUUCAAUCGAAACCUCGAUGCCUUUGCUCCGCUCUCAGUGGCGGUGGCGCCGCCGCUUCCCUCGGUGUCACCAUUAACCAGACUCGUGCUCUUCAGCUUCCUGCUGCUUGUCGUCUUCAAACGCCGCCGCCCAGCCGAUGUAAUGAUUUCGACCAUUUUGCGAUGGAUGAGGCAUCCCUAAUGUGAAAUGAAAAUACACAUAAUAGUAAUGACGAAGGUGUCGCAGCUCCGACUGUAUCUCCAGUAAGUUCACCAGAAAAUUCACCCGACGAAGAAGAAGAUGGUGAAGCUCGUCCGACGACGUGGACUACGACAACAUGGGAUCAGCCCAGUUUUCCUUCUACAAUAGGCUCUGAUGAAAAUGUACCAAUCACCGGAGGUGUCCCAUCGGACGGCGGUCAUAGCUUAAUCAACUUCGCCGGGCUUGUAUAUCAUCUCAUUACUCUCAACAUACUUUUCAUACUUUUGUUACAUUAAGCUUCUUAAUUAUUAUUCAAUCAAACAUUAAUUCCUAUAUCUUUGCACCAUAUAAAUUCUUGUACAUUUGU